CCCCCGCCAGCUAGGUGAAGGUGAGUGUCUCCUCCAGCCACCUCGGCUAGACCCGAGCGGGCGGCUCCAGGCGCACUUUGCAAGCGGCCCGAGCCGUUCGUGUCCUCUCGAACCAUGGCGCCUCCGUCGGUCUUUGCCGAGGUCCCGCAGGCUCCGCCGGUCCUGGUCUUUAAACUGACCGCUGACUUCCGGGAGGACCCGGACCCCCGCAAGGUCAACCUGGGAGUGGGAGCGUACCGCACGGAUGACAGCCAGCCCUGGGUUCUGCCCGUGGUGAGGAAGGUGGAGCAGCAGCUCGCCAAUGACGACAGUCUCAACCACGAGUACCUGCCCAUUCUGGGCCUGCCGGACUUCCGGACCUGUGCUUCCAGCCUGGCCCUUGGCGGGGACAGUCCGGCUUUCAAGGAGAAGCGGGUAGGAGGUGUGCAGUCCCUGGGGGGUACUGGUGCGCUUCGGAUUGGAGCCGAGUUCCUCGCACGCUGGUACAAUGGCACCAACAACAAGGACACACCCGUCUACGUGUCUUCGCCCACCUGGGAGAAUCACAACGCUGUAUUUGCCGCUGCUGGAUUUAAGGACAUUCGGUCCUAUCGCUACUGGGACGCAGCCAAGAGAGGACUUGACCUGAAGGGUUUGCUGAGCGACAUGGAGAAUGCGCCCGAGUUCUCCAUCUUCGUCCUCCACGCCUGUGCCCACAACCCCACAGGGACCGACCCGACGCCCGAGCAGUGGAAGGAGAUCGCCGUGGUUAUGAAGCGCCGGUUUCUGUUCCCCUUCUUUGACUCGGCCUACCAGGGCUUCGCCUCCGGGGACCUGGAGAAAGAUGCCUGGGCCAUCCGCUAUUUUGUGUCCGAAGGAUUCGAGCUCUUCUGUGCCCAGUCUUUCUCCAAGAACUUUGGGCUCUACAAUGAGCGCGUGGGCAACCUGACCGUGGUGGCCAAGGAGUCAGAGAGCAUCCAGCGGGUGCUGUCCCAGAUGGAGAAGAUCGUGCGUAUCACAUGGUCGAACCCGCCUGCGCAGGGCGCCCGCAUCGUGGCCCGCACCCUCUCCGACCCGCAGCUCUUCAAGGAGUGGACAGGAAACGUGAAGACCAUGGCCGACCGGAUUCUGACCAUGAGGUCUGAACUCAGGGCGCAACUCGAGGCUCUGAAGACUCCAGGCACCUGGAACCACAUCACGGAGCAGAUCGGAAUGUUCAGCUUCACUGGGCUGACCCCCAAGCAGGUGGAAUACCUGAUCAACGAGAAGCACAUCUACCUGCUGCCCAGCGGUCGCAUCAACAUGUGCGGCGUGACCACCAAAAACCUCAGUUACGUGGCCACCUCCAUCCACGAAGCCGUCACCAAGAUCCAGUGAGCAGCACCCCCGCCUCCCCCCGCCACCCCUGCAGACCACCAAAGCGGCCCUUGCUGCCCCCACCCCGCAUGCUCCACACCCACUCGAGUCUAGCUGUCCAUCGCGGGAGGCCGGCCGAGGCUGUGUGGGGAGGUGGCCUCGGGCUCCACGUGCAGAGAACACCUCCGGGAGGAGAAGCGGGGGGCUUGGGGUUGGAGCCCUCCUGGAGCUGGGUGCAAAUCAAGAUUUUUUAUUUAAGAAGAAUAAAGAAAGACCCUUGGAUCAUG